CCAAUUUGAAACCGUCCACGCAAUCCACUUCAAUCCUAGUGGAACUUAACUCGGAGGCUUUUCUUCACUUUCAUUUUUUAGAACUGCAUAUCUCGUUGUCAUUUUGACGCUGGCAUGGGUGGCACACUGUCCUCAGAAGAGCAGUCGCCGCGCCCGCCGGUCGAGGAGACGUGCGAGUGCGGCAAGACUGCGGCGGAAGGCGGCUGCGUCGAGCCAAAGCCCGAGCUCGAGUACAACCCAAAGCUGCUCUCGUCGAUCAAGACCUACCAUCGCCACAUCAUUCUGUGCGACGGCCAGCUCGACUGGGUCUCCAAGAUCCACAAGCAGAGCGGCAGCUUUGCUCAGGCGCUCGACGCGGAGAUUUCCAAGCGCUCGGACGACUUGGCCAAACCGGGCCUGGUCGAGCUCGCGCGCGAGGCCGCCAAGAAGCUCGCCAAGCAAGAGAAGAAGCAGGCCAAGGCCGGCGCAGGCGAGGCAGCCGCGUCCAAGUCGAGCUCGUCGGCAGACGUGUCAGCAGCAAAGCAAAGCGGCGCAAUCGCAGCGGCACCAGCACCACCUCAAUCAGCACCAGGCAGCGAUGGUGACGCAGUCGGCUUGCCAUUGAAUGCUAGUGCAUCGACCAAGUCUGCUCAGGCGGAUGACGUGACCCAGUCGACGUCCACCAUCUCCACCGCAUCAUCGACGACAACAAGCACCACCGCGAACGUCACUGCCGAUGCAUCGUCGGAGGGCCGCCAGAGCGUGCCGCUCGUCACUGCGUGCAGCGAGCUCACAAAGGGCGACUUUGGCACGGAUGUCAUUGUCUAUCCGGAAGGGAUACGGUACCUUGGAGUCACGAUUGAGCAGAUUCCCGAAUUUGUCGAGUACCAGGUGGUUCGCGGUGUGGUUGCGCAGAACAUUCCCCACGAACCCGUGGACAAGCGCUAUCUCGUGCUGGUUUGCACACACGGCACGCGCGACGCACGAUGCGGACGCUCUGGUCCCCAGGUGAUGGACAAGCUGGCCGAGCUGAUGGCCGAGCGAUCCAUUGGCGACGACACGAUCGCUGUGCGCGGCAGCUCGCAUCUCGGCGGCCACAAGUAUGCGGGCGUCGUUGUCGUCUAUCCGCCAGGAGACUGGUACGGCAUGCUUUCGGGGCGAAAUGCCGACAAGUUGAUUGACGCCUACCUCGAGCACCAACCAGAGUUGAUAUCCAAGAACUUCCGUGGUCGAAUUGGCGGUGGCACCGAGCUUACGCUUUAAGCUCGUGUGUGUACCGUUCGCGAGGGGGCUGUGGUGUUUGGAGUGUGGAGCUGAUAGCCUGUGUGGGAUUUUUUUUUUGUUGUUGUUGUUUUUGGUUGUCACUUUUUGUUUUGUCGGUAUCAGGUCAUUCGCCUCCAACAGAUGCUUCGCCUUCAGUUGCAAACAUUGAGUGAAAUGUGCACUAUGUUGGCUGCGCGUUUGCAUGGUUACGUUCAGUGAGCUGGUGCCAAUAAAGGUGUUGAAAUGUUGAAUGUAAAAAAAUGGUUGUUUUUGGCUUGUCUGAAUUGGAAUUUGUCUUGGGG